AUACAGCCCGGCGGGCCCCGAGGAGCAGGGGAGAGCUGCGGCCGCGGUCCUCCCCGCACCACCCGCCCGGCUUUGCCCGGGGCACUGCGCCCGGUGCUGCGCCCCGGAGCCCCCAGCCGAGGCCGCUACCCAGGCCCGACAGAGGAACACCUCCUUGAUCUCACCUUACAAUGGAAUUUAAAAAGUCACCUGAUGGUGGAUGGGGCUGGGUGAUCGUGCUUGUCUCCUUUUUCACUCAGUUUUUGUGUUACGGAUCACCGUUGGCUGUUGGAGUCUUGUACAUAGAAUGGCUGGAUGCCUUUGGUGAAGGAAAAGGAAAAACAGCCUGGGUCGGAUCCCUUGCAAGUGGAGUUGGCUUGCUUGCAAGUCCUGUCUGCAGCCUCUGUGUCUCCUCUUUUGGAGCAAGACCUGUGACAAUCUUCAGUGGCUUCAUGGUAGCUGGAGGCCUGAUGUUGAGCAGUUUUGCCCCCAAUAUCUACUUUCUGUUUUUUUCCUAUGGCAUUGUUGUAGGACUCGGAUGUGGUUUAUUAUAUACUGCAACAGUGACCAUUACGUGCCAGUAUUUUGACAGUCACCGAGGCCUUGCUCUUGGCCUAAUUUCAACAGGUUCAAGUGUUGGACUUUUUAUAUAUGCUGCUCUGCAGAGGUUGCUGAUUGAGUUCUAUGGGCUGGAUGGAUGCCUGCUGAUUGUGGGCGCCUUAGCUUUAAAUAUAUUAGCCUGUGGCAGCCUGAUGAGACCCCUCCAGCCCUCUGAUUGCCCUUUGCCUGAAAAAACAGCUCUGGAAAGUGCACCAGAUAGAUACUCCAUUUACAGUGAAAAAGAGAAGGACCUGGAAGAAAACACGAACAUUCUUGGAAAGAGCUACAGUGCUGAGGAAACAUGCAAGAGCACCUUUGGCAGUGGUGGCCGGAAACAGGAGAGCCUACUUCAUAAAAGCCCAACAACAAUGGCACAUUCAAAAGAGACUGAAACGUACAAAAAGAAAGUUGCAGAACAGACAUAUUUUUGCAAACAGCUUGCCAAGAGGAAGUGGCAAUUAUACAAAAACUACUGUGGAGAGACUGUGGCUCUUUUUAAAAACAAAGUAUUUUUAGCACUUUUCAUUGCUAUCUUUCUUUUUGACAUUGGAGGAUUUCCACCUUCAUUACUUAUGGAAGAUGUGGCAAGAAGUUCAAAUGUGAAAGAAGAAGAGCUCAUUAUGCCUCUUAUUUCCAUUAUUGGCAUUAUGACAGCAGUUGGUAAACUCCUUCUAGGGAUACUGGCUGACUUCAAGUGGAUUAAUACCUUAUAUCUUUACGUAGCUACCUUAAUAAUCAUGGGCCUGGCCUUGUGUGCAAUUCCAUUUGCCAAAAGUUAUGUCACAUUGGCAAUACUUUCUGGGAUUCUAGGGUUUCUUACUGGUAACUGGUCCAUCUUCCCAUAUGUGACCACGAAGACUGUGGGAAUUGAAAAAUUGGCCCAUGCCUAUGGGAUAUUAAUGUUCUUUGCUGGACUUGGGAAUAGCCUUGGACCACCAAUUGUUGGUUGGUUUUAUGACUGGACGCAGACCUAUGACAUUGCGUUUUAUUUCAGUGGCUUCUGUGUCCUGCUGGGAGGUUUUAUCUUGCUUCUGGCCGCCUUACCCUCCUGGCAUACAUGCAGCAGGCUGCUGCCCAAGCCAGCUCCAACAACCUUUCUGUACAAAGUUACCUCUAAUGUUUAGAGGAUACUGGAAGGAACUACAGACUGUUUUCUCAUAGCGAAAUUUCACUGUGGCUGACUCUGAAUGAAUUUUUUGUUUGUUACAAAUCCUAUUCUCUUUGUACUGUAUAUGUAGCUUCUAUCGCCUGUAUUUACCACCCCUCCUCUUUUUCUUUUUGCAAGAAGUGGGACUAUUCUGUUUUACCCUUAUUCGUGAGUUCCUGGCAUUGUAAACAUUUUGGCCAGCCUCGAAAGGCUUUCUCUGUGUAAAGAAAUAUAAUUUCUCUGUAGGAUCCAUUAGUUCCACUGAAAGGCACCCAGAGGGAGCUCUUCUAUUUUAAACCUGAUGUAGGCAGCAUGAUGAGAUAUAUGUGAAGGCCACCAGGGGCGAAAUCACUCUCUUCUCUAUGUUAGACUAGCUAGUAUGUUGAAGACUUCAGGCCAGUCAGGAGAUGAAAGUGGUUACUAAAAUGGUGUUAAGAAUUGCAGUGGAGCAAGCUGAUCUUUUUUUUUUUCCUCAAAGAUAUUUUAAAUUACAGUCACUGGUUUUCACUAUUUGAUUUUAUUUACCUUGAGGCAGCACCCCAUAUUUGGUAUCCACUGCGCUUAAAUCGUUUCAAUUCCUAAGGUGUUUGCCUAGAGGCAGGCAGUCUCCAAACUGGAGCACUCACCACAGACUUGCUUCAUGGUUGGCUGCCAAAAGCACACUCACUCUUCUCUGUCAGCAUACACUCAGCUGAUGUUUCCCAGGAAGUGCUGAUUUUACCAGUUUCCAAAUUGGAAAUGCGUAAACCAUUCCGUUCUGGCAAAUGGGAAACAUCCAUUUGCAUUGGGCACAGUGGGGAUGAAUUGCAAGUCCCUGCGUGUCUUCUUGAUGAAGCAUUUAUUUGUUACUAUGAGAUUUUACCACUAUCAGAUUUUAAUUCAAGGGCAGAACUAAAAUGUGUGUGUGUGUGCGCGCGUGCGUGCGUGCGUGUGUGUGUGAUGAACUCUGAGUCUGUGUGGGACAUGGGAAGACAAAAAAGCAAUAAGAAAUCGAUACCCUGAUCCAACUGUAUUCAAUCUUAAGAAAAAUGUUUUGAAAGAAAAUCACUGUUUAAUAAAUGGGCAUCUUUCUGAAGAAAUAUUUUUUGAAUUUUGCUGUGUGUCAGAAUCCUCUAGAUCCUUUUAAAAAUAUGGUUGCCUGAGUACUACUCUUAGAGAUUUUAAUUCUGUAGGUUUGGCUAUGGGCCAAGCAUCUGUAUUUUUAGCGAACUCUUCAAGGAAUUCUGACGACACAGCCAGGUCGAAAAUGAGGGUUACAAGACUGGCAACAGAAAACAUUCAUUCUCUUAAACAAAAAAACAGUAAACCAUUGAGGUGAGGGGUUUUUAUAAAUAGCCAACUGUGGUUCUUUGAAUAGGAUGCACUCUUCCUAUUGUGCCAAAAUUGUCUCUUCAUUUCUUUUGAAAUAUAUGAUUUUAUACUUGUAUGUUGCCUUUCUUCAAAGGCGCCUGAAGCACUUUAUAAGCAUGAAGCCCCACAACACCUCAGUGAGGUCCGUAAAUAGAUCUUUUGUAUGCAAUAAACCUGGAGUGUGGGGGAAUUUCAUAACUGAGUUAAUCCUACUUAAUAAUGCAAUAAUGGGGCUUCAAAGUGCCUUGGAUUUCUCCAUACUCAGACUUCUGGAAAGUUUUCUGUACCUCAUUCUUCAGUCACUGUCAAGGUUAAUAAAUAUAAGAAGUGACAUUUUAAAAAGUUAAACUAAGUGUUUUUAUGUUGAAAGUUCCUUUUUGCCAACAUUAUAUUCAGGAAGUCCAAUAACCUGAAAAAGUAACUUUCCUGACAUCCCCAUGUUCAUCAACGUUGGUAAUUGUCCAAAUGCAUCUUCACCAUGUCUACUAAUACCAUCCAGUGUGUGCAUUUUCAAUUGUCUAGGGAAUGAAUUUUAAGUUGCAAUAAAAUAUUUUUUUGUUUGUUUUGCA